AUGAAGGUAUCCUACUCCAAGUUGAUGGGUGGCCGGUUCAAACCCGAGGGUUGGAAAAAGCUGAAGAAUUACUGUGACCUUGCGAGAGAAAACGGCUGGGAAUGGGCUUGGAUGGAUACCUGUUGCAUUGAUAAAACAAACACGUCUGACACACAAGAAGCUAUCAACGCCAUGUUUCGCUGGUACAAAGAAUCCAUGAUUUGCUAUGCGUACCUUGAAGAUGUCGACGUGAAAGAUGCAAAAUCUCUUGAGACUUCCUUUAUCCGUGCGAGGUGGUUUACGAGGGGGUGGACACUUCAAGAGCUCAUAGCUCCGACAUCUCUAUUGUUCGUUGACAAGAAUUGGCUCGAAAUCGUCGACAAAAACAACGGCCUAAAGCAAAUCGAGAGGGCUACGGGCAUCCAACCCGAUAAAUUACGAAAAUUCUAUGAGUGCUCUAUCCGGGAACGCUUUUCUUGGGCUUCACAGAGACAGACGACUUUAGUAGAAGACAGGGCUUAUUCCCUUUUUGGGCUCUUUGGGAUUAAUAUGCCUUUGGUUUAUGGUGAGGGUGAUCGGGCGUUUUUGCGGUUACAGCAAGAGCUCAUCAGAAAGUACGAUGAUGCAAGCCUCUUGCUCUGGGAGGCACACGAUUUCAAUAAAGAGAACCUCAUUCCACAACGACUAGGUGCUCUAGCCCCAUCGCUCUCCUGUUUCAAACCGCGAUCCGAUACUCAAACAAGCUGGAGAUUACCGGGGUGCAAUCUCUCAACAUCUGCACGAGGUUUACAUUUAGAUGUCGACUUGAUGUUACUCAAAACAGACAUGAUUGGUGACUGCGAUGAUCCUUCCACUCGCUGGGAGAGCAGCAUCGAUUUUACGAGUUUGGGCCGAAGGUCUAUCGUUAUCACAGAGGGGUUCGAUCUCCCCUUCCAGGCGUCUUUUUUGCGAUUGAACUUUCCUCCUGGAUUCGAAUUACUCGCAACAUGUCGCGGCCAAGUUGGAUACAAAGCUCCAAUGGAUAAUGCUGAACCUUCAUCUGAAGCCUUUCUCCUCCGUAUUCCAUACGUGGGCAGUCAGUUUAAAUGCCAAGUAGCUGGCAGGAGGAAAGGAGAAUAUCUCAUUACUUACGGAUCAGAUAGCUCCCUCUAUCAUGGAUUCGACAUCAUCCGGGAUAGUCAAUGGAGAUUCCAGAUGCGACAUGAAGCGAGCGAAAAGUUUGAAGUUCUAUUGGGCACCUCCCAAUACAACUCAGAUGCUCUCUUUCUCGCCCCUGGUCAAUCGCCCUCCCACCAACUUUGCUUGAAAGGUUCACCAGGCACGGUUCAAGUCAAAAUACGUCCAAGGCCGGCUAUAGGGGGUCAUUAUGUCCAAAUAUCAUACCUCGAUUCGGCCCUAAAAUCCUUUGAACCUGGAUUCCGCUUAAAAAACAGGCUUCUGGGAGAAGCUUUUUCGAUUCGACCCACUUCGCCUAGGGAAUAUGAUGUUAUCCUCGAGUAUGUACCUGAAGAGAACCGCGCGAAGAAAAGGCAGCGUAAACAAUAA